AAAAUUGAACUGGUGCACUAUCGCAGUUUCGUCGCAGAGAGAGACUGGCCAAGCAAGACUGAGAUGUCUGGAAACUAGAGAGACUGCCCAAGUCGACAUUUCCAAGAUGGCUUUAGUGAGCGCGGGUGGGGUCUUGGCGUCCGCGUGGAUUCCGUUUGCCGUGGUGCUUGUGCUGCUGCUGAUCUUCUCCUGUCUGUACGUGCGCUACUACCGCAGCAGCUACGACAGCGAGCUGAGCUCGACGCUGACGGCGAUCCUCGGCCUGUUUGUCGCCCUGCUCACCGGCGCCCUCGUUCCCGUCGACGUCUUCCUCGUCUCGUACAUGAAGGACGCCGACGGCGGCUUCAAGCCGUGGGCGGCCGACAACGGGACGCGCGCGGCGGUGCAGGACGGCGUGCUCUACACGUACUACGCGCUCUACCUGUGCAUCGUCGCGCUCGCGUUCCUCCUCAUGCCCCUCGUCUACUUCUACUACGAGGAGAAGGACGACGACGCGGAGACGCCGUGCCACGUGCGCCUCUGCGGCGCGUGCAAGUACGCGAUCGCGUUCGUCAUCGUCGCCGCCAUACUGCUCGUCGUCGGCGUGUUCGUGCCGUGGCGGGCGCCGCCCGGCGACCGCGGCGCCACCGAGUGGCAGCGUCUCGAGCUGCUCUUCCACAACUUUGCGGCGACGCGCGGCGAGGACGCGGCGGCGUUCGUCGUCGGCGCGCUCAGCCUCGUCGGCUUCGUGCUGAUGCUCGUCUACACGGCGUACGGCCUCUCGGCGUGGCCCGUCGCGCUCGUCAAGGGCUCGCGGAGCGCGCGCGCCGAGCUGGCGGACGCCGUCGACGAGCGCGCACAGAUGCAGGCCGAGGCCGCCGCGAUACGCGAGAAGUACGCAGACGGGCGCCGCAUGACGUCGCGCGACCGCGACCGGCUGCACGAGCUCGAGGAGAGCGAACGUCUAACGCGGCGGCGUGUCGGCCGCCUCGCCGAAGCCGCGGCCGGCGGCUGCGCGAGCGGGUUUUCGGCGGUGCUGCGGCCGCUGCAGGUCGUCGCCGGCUUCCUGCUCAUCAUCUUCGCGUUCCUGAUCGUCCUCGGCAUCGUGCUGACGAACGUCGACCGGCUGCUGCACUCGGAGGGCGCGAGCACGGGGUACGCGCUCGCGCGGCCGCGCAUUCCCAACCCGCUCGACAUCGUCUUCCUCUUCUGCCAGAAGGUGUUCCCGAUCGACUACGUCGUCUUCGGCGUGCUCGUCAUGUUCUUCCUGCUGGCGACGAUGGAGGCGCUGCGUCAGAUGGGCAUCUGGUUCCUCUGGCUGCGCCUGUACAAGAUCCGGCCGCACAGGACGCCGCCGCAGGGCCUGCUGCUCACCUGCGUCAUCCUCAUGUUCGUCGUGCUGACGCUCAAUGUCGUCAUCUACUCGAUCGCGCCGCAGUACAUGACGUUCGGCAACCAGCACUACGUCGACUACGGUCGCAACGCCACGACGACAACAACAACAACAACAACAACAACAACAACAACAACAACAACAACAGCAGCAACAACGUUUAUGUCUAAGACGGCAACGGGCGAAGCGGGUGGAAUGGACAGUAACAGUAGCGCACCCGAUUGGUUUGCCAUCGCACAUCAGAACGCAGAGGACACCGUGGCUUCAACGCCAUUGGUAAUCAGAGAGCUUCGUUCGUGCAGCCUCGAUGCUCCAUCCGACGAGUGCGUAAUGACGAGGAUAUCCGUGCUGUUGCUGCGCUUCUUCUAUAAAGCUUGGUUCUUCGGCGCCUGUUACUUUUGGGGCAGUUGGGCCUUUGUCGCCAUCUUCCUGAUAGGUUUGGUCAUCGCUGUCAUCAAGCGACCGGAAUCGGCGAUCACCGGCGAAGUUGAUGGCGACGAUUUCGAAGAAAGCGAUGAAGAACUUCUGUCACCGUGAGCUGCUUAAUUUUAACUACCGACAUCGACAAAAAGCCCACGAGCAUUUCUGUCAGAUAUUUGGGUUCUGCUUUCCCAUUUAGCAGCUAGCUGUAUGCGUUUGACUUGGAUUUCGUUGAGUAUAUGUUACAGCACGGCCUCUGCCAAGCUGUUAAAGAGAAAAGGGAGUUUGCCCCAUCAAAUCCCAUCGUAGGAUUUCCCUUGCUAUGGUUGCUUAAGGGCCCAUUUGUUUGAAAUGGAUCGUUCGUCAGAUUUGGAUCAUUUCUUACUGAUCUGCCCAAAAUUGUUACAAAUGCACUUCCAUGAGGUCAUCUGUCAUUGUGACCUAUCACAGGAUGGUUCAUAAGUAGCAGUGAUUUGCUGAGUCACAUACUACUAUAUAUUGGAUCUACCAUGCAUCCAUCUUGCCAGCAGGAUCAACAAUUCGUGAUCUGGAUCAGUGAUCUACGCAAACUUGCACUGGAUCAUUGGAUUGGCUCAAACAACCGCAUCCUAUAUAAUGUUUACAACUACAAUAUUAACAGAUCAAAAUGAAUUCGAUUGCAUAUAUCAUAACUGCUAACUGUUUCACAUGCAUGCUUUUUUAGCAUGUAAACCUGAAGUUCAAAUUGUUUUAUAAUUGCAAUUCUGCUGAGCUCUUAGCACUAUGUAUUAUUAUCAUAGAAAAUAUAGAAAUAGUUCGAAUGACAGUUUUAUAUAAUAACAUAUAUAUGGAUCUGCAGUAUGUUACAAGAUGAUUUUAGCUAUAUGAAAAGUAUUACGAUUAUUGUGCAUAUAUUUUGGUGACUAGGGUUCUGUACCUGUGUUGUCAUAUUGUGUUACAAAAUGAUUAAUUUGAAAUAUAAAUUGAUGAGUAAAAAAUGAAGGACAUUGAAAUAUGUAAGGAAAAUAAGAAACUGGUGAUUUCACUUUUUAAUAUAUUAAUUUAAUUAUUAAUGAAACGACACUGCUUAUUAUUGUGAAAAAAUUUAAGUUGUUUUUUGUGGAAUAUAUUGAGAGAGAAAAGAAAUGAUUCUGUGCAAACAA